AGGAAAGUUAAAGCACAUAAUACGUAAAAUAUAAUGGAUUAUUCGGAGAACAGUGAGGUUUUAAAAGAUCAAAGUAGAUGUGCUCAUCUUCGUGCACAAUUAAAGAUGUGUCUACUUAAAACGGACUGUUGCAAUAAAGAUAAACGUACACCAAGAGAUUGUCUUCAAAGUAGAGAUCCAAGUGUGCCCGAUGAAUGUUAUUCCUUGUGGCGCACAUUAUUUGAUUGCAAGCAUUCUAUGUUGGAUGCAAGAAGAAGAUUUCGUGGAAUAAAGGGUUAUUAAGAAAACGUUUACUUUUAGUACUUUUAUCCUAGUGUACGAAAUACGAUAUGAUUAUAUAUUGUUGCAAUAACUUUUACUUGUAUAUAGCUUUGUAUAUGUGCACACACACACAUACACACAUGUAUAUAUUAUUUAUUGGAUAAGAAUUGCAUGAUGUCAAUAUCAAAAUUAAAAAAAAAAAAAAAAGGGUUCGAUUUCUAAUUAUUAUUUAGAACAAUGUAAAAAGGAACAAGUGUGAAAGAAAAUGAAACAUAUUUUGGGAAUAAUGUUAGAAGUUAAUUUAUUGUUAAUAAUAUCUUCUCAUCGUAUUCGUUGUACAUGAUAUAUAAUAAAUUUUAUCGUCAUUGAUCUUGUAAGUAACGACGUGCCGUAAGAUCUUCAUAUUUGCUCGUUAAAGCAUCAUACCAUGUUGGCUGGUUUUUCCUUUUUUUUUCUUUCUUUUUUGUUCUUUUUUUUUUCUCUUGGUAAAGGAAUGACAAUCAAAAGAAGAGAUUAUUGAUAGAUAUAGAUAGAUUAUAAGAAAAGUUUCGUAAUUUAUCGGUAAAAUCGCUCAUGUGAAACCCUGAAAAAGUGGCGAUGCUCCGUUUUCGAAGCAAUUAGUGACUCCCCUUCGUCUUCCUUUCUUUCUUUUUUCUUUUUUUUUCUUUUUUUGUUUAUGUUUCCUUUUUUAUCCCAUUCUAGUUUUUUUUUUUUUUUUUUUUUUUUUUUUUUUAUUUUUUAACAAAAUCGUGCAGCCGAGAGGAAACCCGAAUUACAACGUUAUUUCUCCAAUUUCUUCUCUUACUGUCGAUAUUUCAUCGACACGAAUGGAUCGAGUAUGAGAAUUAUCUUGAUCUCGAAGUGCAUUAAUCGUGCCGAUGAACGACUAAACGACGCAUAUGAUCACAGUAAAGUCAAAUUUUAACCUUAAAAGUUAAGGGGCUUGUUCUUGUUCCGCAUAUUUUCUCCGCACUCUUUUCUUUCUUUUUUUUAUUUUUUUUUAUUUCUCCGUGGUUGUUUUUUUUCUUUCUUCCCCCCUCCCCCCUUCUUCAUCAUCAUCAUCAUCCCCCUCCCCCACUCUAAUCCUUAAAUCGGAGCCUUAAUAAAAAUCUAAGAUAAUGUUUGACGAACCGCGCCUGCGCAACUCGUCCUAGCUAUUGUCAGUAUGCAACAAGCGUAUAUUGACUAUACGUUAUUUUUUUUUUUCCUUUUUUUUUUCUUUUCUUUUAAAAUCUUUUGUACUACAAUGCCGACUUACGACUACUUUUAUUUCGUCUAAAAAGACUACGUAAGUAGGUACGCCCCUAAAAAAAUGUUCUCUUUAAAAGCUUCCCACCUCGUUUAUUUAUUUAUUUAUUUAUUUAUUUAUUUAUUUAUAUAUUUAUUGAUUUUCAUUUUUGUUGAGCGAUAAGAGACAGGCGUGUUAUGAUUCGAAGUACGAGGAAGGAAUUAUUUAAAUUUCGCUUGGAUGUAUGACCGUCAAUAGUGUAAUGGCGUUGUGGCGCGCCAUUUUGUCGAUCAUAAUUCCUCGCGAUCCUCGAGUAUACUUUAUUAUCUCGAUCAUAAUGAUAAUAAUGUAUAUAAAGCCGAAUAUUUAAUGUUAAUUAAUUAAAUAUCGGUGUUCUUCUAAAAAUGCUCACGAUUUAUAUCUAAAUUUUCGUUCGAGCUUUCCUACGUGAUGUCUAUUGCGCACGUCUAUUAGUGUCAUGUUUUAUUAGCGCGAUUUCUUUUUUCUUUUUCUUCAUUCUUUCUUUCUUUCUUUUUUUCUUUCUUUCUUUCUUUCUUUUUUUUUUCCGAAGAUAAAUUCGAAAAGAAGAAAUUCUCUACGUCUAUCGUUUAUUGUGAUAUAUCCCGUUGCCCGUUCGAGUAUCACAGUUUAUCGAGUAUGAUAUGUUAAUAUUAGCGUGUUAAAUCGGUAGUAAUAAAAGUGUUUCUUUUUUUUUUUUUUUUUUCAUUUUUCUCCAUUUUCCUUUCCUUCCUUCCUUCCUUCCUUUCUUCCUUUCUUUCUUUUUUUUUAUUUCCCCCGUAUAAUUGUCAAUUAUAUAUAUAUAUAUAUAUAUACGUAUAUAUAUAUAUUGUUAUAUACGUAUAUGCGUUCAAGAUAAUCAGCUUGUAGUUCGACGAGACGAACGCGAAUCAGCUGAUUUAAUGAUAUUGCUCUCUACGAUCAUGUUAUAAAAUCGAAAAAUACAAAUGGCCAGUUGGCGUAAAACUAGGCGAGCGCAGACGAUAGAGAUUGAGAUUUUUUUUUCUUUCUUUUUUUUUUCUAUUUCUGUUUUUCUUUCUCUUUUUUUUUUUUUUUUUUUUUUUUUUUUUACCUCAAAUUUCGUCCGAAGCGAAUACAUGCGAAGUAUUGAUUUUCUACGCCUUUUUUCUUCCUUUUCUUUUUUUUUUCCUUCCUCCUUUUUUUUUCUUUUUUUAGCGCAUCGAAAGAUCUUUUUCGAUGUUACAUUCUUUUCUCUCUCUCUCUCUCUCUCUCUCUCUCUCUCUCUCUCUCUCUCUCUCUCUCUCUUUCUGUUUCUUUUUCAUUCGAUUUACCCGACGGUACGACAAAGACGAUUUUUUGUUAUAAGAAAUAUCUUCAACUAUGGAUCUCAUCUCUACAUACUCUCGAACGAUCCUAGAAAAAUCGGAUAAGUUUCUAGCAAAAAAAAAAAAAAAAAAAAAGAAAAAAAAAAAGAAAAGAA